GGCGGGGUGUCAAAGUUGGCGUUACUGGAAUGGUAAGAGAUAGCUAGAUAUGUGCUGCCAGGUUCUCCAGAUUGGUUCAUGUCAAACGUAUUGGCAGCAACGUCGUGGGAAAAUUUGGACGAUGGCGGAAAUGUGUUAGUAGCCUUUUCGUCUCGGCCUUCACUCCGGCGAUAAACAUAAGUACUCUUGGUCUUAUGUUGGCCAACUUCAACCCCACCACGAGAAGACCUCAGCUAUUACAUUUGACGUCUGUCUAUCUCUAAGCCUGGUUUCAUGUGGCUUUGAUGGUUUGGUUCGUCGCUGGAUAUAUUCAAUACCGGAUUGGGUGCUUGAAAGUGAGUUCAACGUGCACAGCGUACGAGAAAAUGUAAAUCCGACUGCGUUGAGUUCUUUUUCACACUCUCCAAACCAGUCGUAUAAUUUUGUGGGCACGGAUAAGGGGUUACUUAUCGUUUGGAUCGUUGACGGUGAAAAGAAUAAAACACAUUAUCUGUCCAAAAAGUAUGAAAACGAUUCUGUACUGGUCUGUGCAUUAGAGAAGUCAGGAUUUGACUACUCAAUUUUAAGAGUUGCUGUAGGAUACAAGAAAGGACUGAUUGGCGUUUAUAUGUUCAAACCAUCGGACAUCUCAUCAGCUUCAAAUCUCACACAAAUAGCGAGAUUUUACGCGCACGAGAGGGAUGUUUGUCAUGUAGUCUGGAAACCAUGUGCCUCGGGUUAUACAGACAACCCAACGGAGCUUCUCACAUGUGGACGUGAUCAAAUGGUCAAGGUAUGGAAUGUAUCCACCUCCGAAUGCUGUUUUUGUACCAAAGUUCCUGGUCAGUCACGUUAUCAUGCAAAUGAUUCUGGAAAACGUUCAAAUCAGAAAAAUAAUGUUAGCGGAGCCCCAUGGAUAUCUGCUUGUUACACCACAGGGAAGAAUUCGAUGGUGAAUAUCUUAUUUUCGGGAUUACGGGGUGAAUUAUUCCGUUGGAGCUGCUCAGAUGCACCUAUUAACAUAACACCUGAAAAUCAAGGACAUUCUAUGCUGAUUUUUUCAAUGUUGUUUGUUCCUAAUUCUCCUGGGCUAGUAAUUACAGUCAGCCAAGAUAGAGUUCUGAUUGUGUGGGAGUUAGUUGAAGAAUCCCUCCCGUUAGUUGUUUUGCGACUACCGACACUUUCUGCAGGGGUGUUUUCUCUGGCUCAGUCUUCAUUUAGUAAUAGCCCUUUAGUCGCAGGGCUUUCAGAUGGCUCUAUUUUGUUCUGGAAAGUUUAUUCACCGAAUAUGAAUGAUGGUAACACUUCCUUUGACAAUCGAAGUAAGGACAAAUCUAUUUCAAUAUCACCUCGGGGAUCUCAGUCAUCCCCUAUAACCGCUCUUGCUUGGCAUCCUUUACCGCAGUACGAAAACAUCCUUGCCUAUGGGACCGAAUCCGGUUGUGUGGAGAUCGUCGAUAUUAACAAGCUACAGAAAAUACAGAAUCAAAAGCCGAAACCACAGUUGCACGCGUUUGGUUCGACCGUAUACCGAGUUGCUUGGGGGCCUAUAAUAUUUACGGGUUCGCAUCACAAAAAUGAACAGAUCGAAACUAAAAGUCAUUUGGAACCUGAUAAUUCUGCACUUUUAUCAAAUACAACUGUAGAGGAAAAUGUAAGGUGCAAUACAGAGUCCGAGGCUAAGUUUCCUUUCUAUGUUUAUAGUGUAAGUAAAGGAAAAAUCCACUGUCAUUUUGGAGGCGGUCGCCCUCCAGUUGAAGUUAGCAUGAAGUUUCCUUCUCCUCCAAAUACCACUGAGGAAGAUUGGAAAACCCUGAUUCGUAGUGAUAUAGCAUUCCGCCCUGUUAGUAAAACUAAACAGACAUCAGCUGAUCCAGUUCCUGAUACCUUUGAUUACUUGAUAGGUGUGGGCUAUCGUUCAGGUCAAGUUGAUGUUUAUGGUUUAUCAAAUUCGAAACUGUCGAAUAACCUGUCCUUUAUUUGCCGUAUUGUGAGUCAUUCUAAGUGCGUCAAUUGUUUAGCUUGGUCAAGGGAUUAUUAUUGGCUCGCUAUUGCAUCAAACGAAUCUUUUAUAACUGUUACUGAUCUCAAGAUACACCUAUUUAAUGCUCUCAACCAAGAACAACAUCUCAAACCUGUUCAGCUGUCUACUUGUUUGGCACGAUUAGAAGGUCAUUUCAACAGAAUAACCUGUUUAGACUGGUGUCCACAUGAUCCUUUCCUCUUACUGUCCUCUUCUUUUGAUGGUACAGCUAAUGUUUGGCGAGUUCAUGCUAAUAACAUUGAAAACAAUAAUCUAUCAAUAUCUAAUUUUCGUGCACACAGGCUACGUCUAUUUACAUGUUUAUGGAGUCGUCAAGAACCUGAUCUUGCUUUUAGCGGUGGGGAGUUAUGUCUUCUAUUCGGUUGGCGACCCUCUGAACAAAUCCAUAGCCAGCCACCCCAUAGUCGCCGACAUCGACCACCAACUAUCAAAAGACUUGUAAGUAGUGAUCAAGAAGAACUAUGUAAUGGUGGUAUUUCUGGCGAAUCUCUUCAGUCGGAAGCAAAUUCAUUCGUUAGUUCCGAAGCUCUGAAAGAAAAAUCAAAUAAAGAAAUAACGUUAAAGAAUGAUGAUAAAGUUACCAGGUCUUCUCAUAAGGAACAAUCUGUUCUAUCUCAGAAUUCCUCUAGAAAGAUUAAUUCUGCUGGAACGGCGGAAAAAAGGAAACGACCUGCUCUUUUUCCUAACCUAUUUCAGUUCAGUAUCAAUAAACAAUGUGAACUUAACUUGUAUCAUUCUCCGCCUUUUAAUAUGGGAACGUUUCUUUCACACAUUUUAAGUGUCUCUGACUUCAUAACCGAAAAAGUGGAUGAUGAGAGACUGCCAACUGAUUUGUUGAUUCUCUUGCCAGAAGUUAGCGCAACCAGAACAUGUCUUUUAAAGUAUUUAAAAAUGGAAGCAUCUCAUCAUUUAAAGUUGUUCCAUUUCGGUCAACGACCAAACAGUUUAGUUCAUUUGGAUGCCUACUGCAUCAUACUUUUAUGGAUAGGUUGUAUAUCUAGUAUCCCACCUGUUAUGUCAACAGAAGGUCACAUGCCUUUUUGGUUAUUAUAUGCAAUUCAACUAGCUCAAUCAACUCUUGCCUAUCCUGGAAAUUACAAUAAGUUAACUGUGUCAAAAGAAAAUCCUGUCGUGGAGGUUGACUUGCUUGGUGAAAAGAUUAAGGAUAUGCAAACUGCUAGUCCUGAUAUUCUUGUAUCUGUUACACUUUUGGUAUGCGCACAUCGUGUCCAAGAAGCGGUUGAAUUAUUGUUAAGUUAUGACAGAGUUAAAGAAGCUUUAGUUCUCGCACGUUUACGUUUAAAUCCGUCCGAAUCCUGGAAAUAUGCAGAGAAAUGCAUUACACGACUUAUUGAGCGUUCUUGUUCAAACGAAAAGUCGUUCUUUUUUAUUAUAUACAACAUUGGAAAGAAGGAAUGGCUGAAUGCCACUAAUAUGGUUCACCGUGAAGUUGAAGUUUCCAACUUGCGACCUGGUAAAGAAAUUGAACAACUUUCGUGGUGUUGGAUUGGUAUUAGUCUAUUACUUAAUACAUCAUCCUUGGAUUAUUUGUCAAGCGAAUGUCUUCGUUUAGCUUCAAUGUGUUUAACGGUUGGUUUUAAGCUAUUUCCUACGGAAGCAAUAUUCCUUAAACGUUGGCUUGAUGCUUUUUCACGUCUUCUGUCAUCUGAGACAACGUCUUGCUCCGGUUUGAUUAGCAGUUUAUUAUUGUUAGAUAUUGGCCAGAUGACUUCUUUUCUUAUGGCUAAUUAUCAUCAAGAGGAAUCUGACACUUCAACAAUACCAUACGAAAAUCAUAGUGAUAACUGGAUGAAAUACAUAAAUCCCGAUUGUAUAACAUGUUUGAACCAGUUAGUUUCAGAUCGUCAACCGUCUUCAUUAUGGGAAGUUUGUUUGACAAAUUUCUGUGUAGACUUCCUUUUGUUCUACUUAGUGCAUAAUCAUGUUCCUCCAACUAAAUUACCUUCAGAUAAUUCACUGACAAUGUAUAUUGACCGAUAUGAGUUUAGUCGGAAAUCAUGCGAGUACAUCAAACCAAAAGAAACAACUUAUUUAAUCAGUCAUUUAUUUUCAACUUAUCAGCAGGUCUUGGUGAAUAAUUACUCCACUUCGGAUAACAAGCUAUGUUUUUCGCCCUCAGAUAGUGUGUAAAAAAUUAUAUAUAUAUAUACCCCCUGAAUAUUUUGUGUAGUCAUCUUUAUAAACUCUUCUGCAUUUUGGUAACUUGUAAGAUAUGCAUUGUGUACAGGAUAAAUAACAGAGCAAAUAUAGUUUCUAUUUGAGAUUUUCGCUUUUCACUUGAUUAUAAUUUCAUCGUUGUGUUACUUCAUAAUUAAAGUGACCCAAUUAGAAACUGUUCGAGCUAACCAGUUUGCUUGCUUGUUUUGUGUAUGCAUUUGUUCUUAUAACACUGGAUACUCUUUUGAUUAUCAGUGGGCUGCUUUAUCUGGGUUUUAACUUCAUCUUAGGAAAAUUUAUGUCUUAAAUAUGGCUAUCAGGGCUCUGGAUUCCUUCACCUUUAUGGGUCUGAUAGCUGAAGGUUCAUCUUGUUCAAGGGAUAGGUUCAGGUUUUGAGUUGUGACGAUAAUGUAGGUACCUUAAAUUAACUGAUCCUAAAUAUACUGGAACAUGCAUCUUCGAACCCAGCAAUGACUACAUUCUAAGCUGUCUUCUAUCCCGACAAACUUGGAUUUCGAAAUGAGAUUUUUUACAAGUAGACAUCGAAAACCAUGGUUCUUUUAACAUUUCCGUCGUGUAUUGGGACUUUUAAGACAGUGCCUAGCUACGGUUUCCUCAUGGAUUAGCGUCUGAAAGUCUAUGGUUAUUUAGAAUCUUUAGGGAGAGAAACAUACGAAAGUUUAACAAUCGAGGAAACAAGUAAAUUUUUCGUUUUAUGGCAUAUCGGUUUUUUUCUGUUUCCCAUUUAUAUGUACGCGGAUCACUUUAAAAAAGGGUAUAACCUUUUUACUGACUUUUGACAUCCAAGGAAAUAAACCCUAUAAACUCUAGUUCUUUUCUUCGUCAUCGACUCUUUGUUCUGAAUAAUUUAGAAUAUUAUAAUACUAAAAUUUAUUGUGUUCUUAAUUAGUAAAAUAGGGACAAUUUAGUUAUACUCGUUUCCUGUGUGUUUACUACCGAAAAUUCUGUUUCUUUUCAAUGAAACCCUGAAGUGUUGUAGCAAUAGAAUCCAAAAUUGAAAUCGAUAGUUUGCAUGGACUUUCAACCACUGCUUCUUUCAAUAAGCAAGGCUCAUAAUGUAUUUACUACCGCUGAUAAUAAGCAUAGUUGUAAGGUCAUUGCCCAUAUAUUCUUAAAUAAGUUAAUUAUUGAGCUAACUUAGUAGUACGUAUAAACGAUUCAUUUAGCAUACUGUAAUUUCAUUCAUUGUAUUACUGAAUCGUGUACAAUUCUUGUAAGUUGUUUGCUUCCUAACUUAAGUUCAAUUUAGAACUACUCAAUAAAGUAGUCUGAUAAACAGUGCUAUCACUUUACAUUCCCUAUAAUUUUUUAAAAUGUUUUUAACUGCCCAAAACGGACAAAUACUAUUUCCCAUUAUCCAUGUGUUUCACCCGGUUAUUCUAUCAAUGUCCUCAGUGUUUGAAGAUUUGUGUUGGUUAUUAAAACGUUGGAAUUAUUGUGGUGGCCGUCAAAAAUUUUUUAUCUGUCAAAUCAUCGCAUUCCAAGUAAGCAGAUACCUACAAAUAAAAUCAAUCACCAACUGCCGAACUGUUAGGUGAUUUAAGCUGUUGUUAAAAUAAAUAGUAUCUAAUCAUGAUAGUGUAUAAAACGAUUGAUAAAGGGUGAAAAUAAAAUUUAAGAAGCAAGCAAGGAUCCUUCAGUUCUCCCCGUCACAUCAAGUUUAAACUACAGAGAAUCAUCGUGGACUAGUCAGUUGUUCGAUUGGUUUCUGUUCAUGGUGAGAACUAACCUCUAACUGACUAGAAAAACAUCCUCUAUUAGAAAUCUAGGUCUAAUAUUCGUAGUUUUCAAAACUAGUGUUCUAUCCGUAUAUGAGUGACUAGUCUGUAGAGUUGCUGUUUCACAGUUCUGCUAGCAGGUAAACAAAAUGUGGCGGCUGACUAAUAAUUACUUAACCUUCAUUUACUAAGCAUAGAAGCAGAAUUUUUUGUCAGUAAAUACGAUACAUAUGUACUUCAACAUUCAUUGAAGUUGUCAUAUCCCUCUCCAUAGCUUGAACUAUAUAACUAUAUACAACUAUACAUAGUUAUUAAACUGUCUAUUUAUUAAGAGAGCCACAACUUGAGUUACUAAGUUUUUUGCAUUCAAAAUGCCCCAAUGGUUUGUACAUUGUAAUUGUUAGGUUGAUUAUUCGAUCCUUUAACCAAAUUUACAGAA